UUUCUUUCUUUCGACUGGGUGUAGAACAGGUGAACAGGAAAAAGGUUUGUGAGGGCGCUUAGCCUUACGCAACUUAGCUCCCCUUUUUCCCUUCACAUUCAUUGUUCUCUUUGGAAUGCAUGUCAGGAAUUGAAUGGUUGGAAUGCUCCAAACCAAAUCAGUCGCCUGCUGCACUUGUCUGCAAGUACUGACAGGCCUGCAGCUGUCUUCCAGCUUUUUGGGUUGUGCUUUCGCUUUAGAGUCCGCAUACACGUCCCCGUAUUGCCCGGCCUUCCAUCACCUCCUCCCCCACCUUUAUUUCUUUGCUUAUUCUGCUUUUGCAAGGUCUUUUCUGCUACUGCACGGCUCUCUUGGUUUGAGGCCCAUCCACGAGCUUGAGCUGUUCUUGAUCUUGGAUUGGUGUUGAUCUAUCUAUUCCUGGAUACCAUGUCUACUUUUUGAUUCUUUUGAUGCUCUUUAAUCAGUUUUACUAGAUAAGGUUUCCCGGAGUGGCCUGUUAGAUCUUGUGUUGCUGUUGGUCUCUCUGUUCCUGGAUACUGCGUGUACUUCCAGUGUCCUGCUUGUGAACUCCCUACUCAAUUCGUUCUCGUCUGUCCUCAUUCCUUGCCCACCCCCACUACUGCCAUCUCCUCUUCUGGUUGUGGUUCCCUUGCUCUGGCCAACUCCAUGAUGGCAUUCACGGAGGGGAAUAUCUACUCAUCGGUAUGUUAUGUGAUGGACUCUUGAUGAGACAAGCAAACAAGACCGGACUGAUAGAGAGAGGUGUAGGUGGGUGUAAGAGACGAGAGUGAAAGGGAAGGGUGGAAAGAGAAGUGAAGAGAGGAGAGCAUAAAGGAGAGGUAGAGGCCUUUGAGAGGCAGCCUUCAUGGACUGGGAUCUUAAAAUGCCUCCAUGGAACCUGGAAGAAUUGGGCCGUGAUGCCGAGCUGAGUAUCGGCUCGGUGGUGGUCGGGUCGAGCGGCGGCGGCACGUGCCAGUCGAGUGGGCUGGACUGCUCGGUCGAUCUGAAGCUCGGGGGACUGGGAGAUUUUGGGUCAUCAACCGAGUGGAACUCCCAUCCUGCUGCGUCGAUGGCGAUGGCAUCUCAAUCGGCUCCGUCGAAGAGGCCGCGGGCCCCGGCCCACGGCGUUUCGUGCCUGGUCGACGGGUGCAACGCUGAUCUUAGCAAGUGCAGGGAGUAUCACCGGCGCCAUAAGGUCUGCGAGGCGCACUCCAAGACUCCGAUGGUGGUGCUCCGCGGCCAGCAGCAGCGCUUCUGCCAGCAGUGCAGCAGAUUUCAUUUGCUAGAGGAAUUUGACGAGGUAAAACGAAGUUGCAGGAAACGUCUUGAUGGGCACAACCGACGCCGAAGGAAACCCCAGCCAAGUUCUGUAAAUUCAGGGAUCAUAUUUCCAGGUCAUCAAGUGACAGGUUUUUCUGCAUGUCCUCAAAUAUUUCGAACUGCUGAACUGGAAUCCAACUGGACUAGAACGGUGAAAACCGAGGACGCUACCCCAUAUACUCCUUCACAAUUCAUCAACCAUCAACAUUUUCCCAGAUCCUCUUACAACUUUAGCAAAGGAAGAAACCAAAUUCCUUUUAUUCAGGAUACUAAGACUGCCAUGGAUAUCAAAUCCACACUACAAACUUCUGUAGGUCAAUUGAAUCCAAGGACAACUACUCCCUCCGGAAGCAGUGGUGGCAGCAGCAGCAGCAAGAUGUUCAACAAUGGGCUAACCCAGGUCUUUGACUCCGAUUGUGCUCUCUCUCUUCUGUCAUCGCCGACUCAGACUUCAGAUGUCAGCCUAAGCCAUAUGGUGCCACCAGCUGAUCGGAUCCCCAUGGGUCAGCCUCUCGUAUCAAGUUUACAGUAUGGCAGUCUCAUGCAUCAGUCGCUCUUGCAGGCACCUGACAAUGUGACACCAACUGGAUUCUCAUGUGCAGGGAUGGAGGAUCAGCAUACCGGGACCUUUUUGGUUCCUGAUCAUGCUAAUGAUGUUGAGAUCAACUGCCAGAAUAUAUAUCAUAGUGGCUGUGAAGGUUCUUCAGAUGCAACAUGCCAGACUCUUCUGUUCUCUUGGCCUUAGUGGCAUGCUGCUCUAACAAGCCACCGCUUAACUCAGUUCAAUUCUCCUAUUGCAUAACUUUGA